AUGUUCAUGGAACAUUUCGAGGAGACAGCUCUCCAGUCAGCAACCCACAAACCCAAAGUGUGGCUUAGAUAUGUGGACGACACUUUUGUGGUUUGGCAACAUGGAGCUGAGGAAACUAGCAAUUUCUUACAGCACCUCAACUCUCAACACGAGUGUAUCAAGUUCACCAUGGAAAUGGAGAAUGAGGGGUCUAUCCCCUUUCUUGAUACGAAGCUUACGAGGACGGCACAGGGAUCCCUAUCCCAUCAGGUUUCUCGCAAACCUACUCACACUGAUCGCUACUUGAACUAUCGUUCAUUCCACCACCCAUCAGUGCUGAGAUCCACCAACAAGACAUUAGUCAAACGAGCCCACAAGGUUAGUGACCAGAUCCACCUGAGCGGACAGCCCAAGGCGAGAGUCGUUCUUCCAUAUCUGGGAGCAGCCUCUCACAAGAUUCAGAGGAUUUUGAGAGAAACCGACAUUGAGGUUCGUCAUAGUUCCUCAAAUAAGAUUCAAUCUGCCCUCACUACCCAUAAGGACAAGCGCACCUCCAAGGAUCUCCCUGGAGUUUACCGAAUUCCUUGUGAAUGCGGUAAACUUUACAUCAGAGAGACUGGUCGUUCCUUUAACAUUCGGAUUAAGGAACACAAGGCCCAUGGUAAGAGAGACGAGAGGGACAAGUCUGCAAUCAUUGAUCAUGCUCAAACGCAUGAUCACCGGAUCCUCUGGGAUGAAAGUAGACUGGUCACUCGUGUCCCCUACUGGCAUCAGCGGAGAGUCAGAGAAGUGUUGGAGAUUGAGGAACAGCGGCCUCCAACUCAGCAAUAG